AUGACGGAGUCGCUCACCGAAAAGGUGGACUUCUGCCAGCCGGUGGUGAUGGACUCCCUGCGGGUGAUGGGCCUUCGAGGGACGCCCGAGGUCGAUCUCUGGGGGUUCGUCCUGCCCUUCCGGCCGACGGUGUGGGCAGCCAUCGGGGCAACGCUGCUGGUGGCGUGGGCGACCAUGACGCUCAUGAUGAAGCUGGUCUUCUCCAGCAACACCGGGCGACACAACGCUAAAAAUAUUGCUCGAUGGACACCUUUCAGGAUCUUCUUUGAGCACCUGCGCAUCCUGCUGCUGCAGAACAGGGAGUUCGCUGUCUGGCGAGGGUGGCAGUUCUUGGUGUUCGGGUCGUGGAUGGUGGUGGCCAACGUGGUCCUGUGGAGUUAUGGCGGGAAACUCAUAUCGGGCCUGACGGUGCGGUCCGUUGCCCAGCCACUCCUCUACCUUCAGCAACUCAUCUACCACUCCAGUGUCGUCGCCGUCCUCGAGCACGACACCGCCUACAUCCAGCUCUUGAGGGAUGAAGUCAGCGUUACCUUCCGGGAUCUCAUGGCGCUGGAGAAGAAAGGCAGAAUGAUCUUCCUCAAGACGAAGGAGUUCGGUGGAGCCAUGCGGACGUUGAUGAGAGACGGUGACCACGCCUUCAUCAUGCAGGACCUGGUCAUCAAGUACCUCAUGGGUGUGGACGUCUCACAGACAGGUAACUGUGACUUUUACGUCUCUGACGAGAGGUUCCUCUCUAGUCUCAUGAGUGUCAUCGCUCAGAAGAACAACCCCUUCCUCCAGGCCAUCAAUGCCAGAAUCCAGAGGGUGACAGAGGCGGGCCUGUACAGCCGCUGGCUGCAGGAGGCGACGCCCAACGCCACCACCUGCCUCGACCAGCCCGCCUUCAUCCAGGUCGACGAGCCCAUCAGGAUCGCCAACAUAUGGGGAUUGUUCGUGGUGCUGGCCUCCGGGUUGGCUGUGAGCUCCAUCGUGUUCUGCCUGGAGGUGGUGACUGCUAGACACUCCAGCAGCAGACGGGCAGCUGGAAGAGCCUCCUUCAGUGACGACUUCCGUCUUCAAACUUUCCGUAAACAAGGCCUCCAUUCUAAAACAUUCCGUAAGCAACAAGGCCUCCAUCAAGUAGCCUUCAAUAAACAAGGCAUUCUUCAACAAGGCUUCCGUCAACAAGAACUCCGUCGACAAGGGGCCCGUCAACAAGAACUCCGUCGACAAGGGGCCCGUCAACAAGAACUCCGUCGACAAGGGGCCCGUCAACAAGCAUUCCAUCAACAUUUAGCGCGCAUUCAAGCAUUCCGUCAAAGCAUAAAUCAAAGAGCGAUCCGUCCACAGGAUAUACCUCAACAUGAAUUUCAUCAAGAAAGUGGCCGUGAAGAAGUCCUCCCUCAACAAGACCGCCGUCAUCAGGGCCACAUCCAAGAAGCAUUCCUUGAAGAGAUAUUCACUGCAGCGGUUGCGUCCUCAUUUCCGUUACCAACUCCGCCCGAAGAACAAGAUGUGAUAAAUCUUAUGUUUUAGUGAUUUAUCUUAUGUGUUAGUGACUGUCUCAUGUGUUAGUGUCACCGUCUUCAAUCAUUAUCCUGAUGUUACCUCCUGAGAAUCACCACCUCUAGUGGCUUCAAGGGGGACAUAAAUCCAGCGGUUUGUCGAAGCUCUCGCCAAUUAUUUCUGAGGAUUUUUUCCUGAUAAUUUUGUUAACUGGAAUACCGUCUUGGCAUUUACUCCUUCGGACAGGGCUUUUCCAGCCUAUGGGUGCUAAAAUAUCUCCUGUUUUCGAUCCAACAUUGUGGCUUCCUUGAGCCUGAAGCUGUGGUCCCUUGUGUGAGUUAAACUGGAUCUUUAGAAGAAGUAAUUUGGAUCCUAUUUGUUGGACCACCUGUGUGAAAUACUGUCACCCAGUGGCCAGGUGUUGCGCCAACAACUCUGAUACAGCCUCCAUAACUUUAAUUCAACAUUAGCAUGUUUUGCCCACGAAUUUCUUGUCUAAGAAAACUCGAUUAAGAAAAAAAGACCCA